AUGGCCUCUCGAAAAACUCGUGCGCGUCCUCGAGCACAACGGGCUACAAGCAAUGUCUUUGCAAUGUUUGAUCAAGCCCAAAUCCAGGAGUUCAAAGAAGCGUUUAAUAUGAUUGAUCAAAAUCGGGAUGGUUUUAUUGACAGUCAGGAUUUACAAGAUAUGUACGCAUCUUUAGGUAAAGAAAUGAAGGAGAAUGAUAUCGAGAAAAUGAUUGGUGAGGCACCUGGUCCCAUUAAUUUUACCAUGUUUUUGACUCUGUUUGGUGAAAAACUAACUGGAACAGAUCCCGAGGAGGUCAUAAAGAAUGCGUUUCAAUGUUUUGAUGAGGACAAUAGCGGCACUUUGAAUGAGGAUCGUUUGAGAGAGUUACUAACUACUAUGGGCGAUCGUUAUACCGAUGAACAAGUCGAUGAACUCUUCCGCGAUGCUCCUAUUAAAAAUGGUCAGUUUGAUUAUGUAGAAUUUACGCGGAUGCUGAAACAUGGCACGAAAGAUAAAGACGAAGCCAGUUGA